AUGUCAGUCAACUUGGACAACAUCUGCUUCUAUCAACCACCGACGCCGGUAGUCAAUCACCGAGCAUCCAAAAACAAAGAAAACCGAAGCAUUAGCAAACGUCUCUCUGUUAUGGGGGAAGUCCCGAUACAAUCUGCGACUGCAUCCAGCACGUUCCAUGGAGUGACAAGCCCUACCAUCGACCCUGUUGAUCUUACUUCCGAAGUCCGUGUAGGACCAGUCGGUAACAUCCUUGAAAACAGAGACAGCACUUCCAGCAGCAUUGUCGGCGACGUCGGACUUGAUAGACUUUCUUCUGUCCCGGUCAAUGAGCCCACAACAUCAGACACGAUGGUUGAGAGCAUGGCGGCUGGGACAUCAGUGGCCCACUCUCUAAUCAGAGUGCCAAAUGUCACAGCUUUUCAACCCCUUGUGCUCACUGAAGCUUCAGACAACUUGUUGCCAGAGUCAGGCUUUACCGGUGAAAUUGAACCCUACAUGGCUGGCUCCGGGCAAAUUGAUGAUCACGCCGCAUUUACACCAGAGACAACCUUGGAGACGCAGAGCGAGAACGCCACCUCCCCUUCUAGGCGGGAGCAGCAAAUCGAUCUAUCAAGCGGUCCACCGAGGAGCGCCCUUCCAGCCUGGCUGGAAUCUUGUCGGUCGCCCAGGACUAGCAACAAGCAAACCCCACAGAGCUCCGGCAAUGUCAUGGCUGCUUCUAGAAUGUCUGGCUUUAUAAUGCAGUCCACUGAAGAUGGCUCGAUAUUUCGGGCAUUGUCACCGUCUACCUCAACACCAUCCAGGCAGAGAAGAUAUAGCGUUACGCUUGCUGAUAUCGGUCGACCCGUCCCCGGCCAAACCACCCCUGAAACCAUAGGAGUCUCCGUUGUCGACCAACAUUUGGGCAGCUCAACAGCCGAGGCUGAGCCUGAGUCCGCUGCUGAACCCUCCUCGACCAGUCGGGCAUCGUCAACUGCGCCUCAAGGGGUCGACGAUUUUGAAGACGCAGCUCUAAUCUCCCCGACGGCUCCUCCAUCUCCAACCCCUUCGACCUCAUCUUUUCCAUCUCCGGCUCGCUCAACUCCUGCUCUUCGCCGGUCCUGCAGGGUCAAUCCUCCUAUUGGUGGCUAUGCGGAGAUUGAGUCCGACGCAGAAAGUAACGUCAAUGAACGCCCAGACAUGUCUCCAGAUGAAGACAGACCAUUCGGCAGGCGGAACCAUCACUCAGACUCGUCCGGCCAGCUCGGUCACAAACGACGCAAUACCUGCUUGCAUGAGGAUUCCGUCCGGGACACAAGAGCAUCCAAACGGUUUCGCAGAUCACAGAGAACAUCGAAUCAUACACCAAAAUCCAAAAGACAGUCACAGCAAAUUGCAGAGUACAUGAAGGAGAUUGGUGGCGUGAGCCCUCCGCAGUCAGAGAACGCAUCGCAUGAGAAUAUUCUCGCAACCUUCGACGAAUUUUCCGUACCUGACGCACCGUUGGCCAACCUUGUCUUUAAGCGCGUUGUCGAGGCUGAAAAAGUGACUAUCUCGAUGCAAUUUGAGGACGCGAGUAUUUGCCAUCGAUGCCGAAACCCACUACAGGUUCUCCAGCCUUCGAGUCCUUCGUUGCCUGAAGCGGGCCUUUCACGGUCACCGAGGAGGCGUAAACCGCGCUUCUCAGAAGCCGAAGAUCGACUUUUGCGCCACUUAAAAAAGGAAGAAAACCUUUCGUGGAAGGGUAUUCACCGCGAGUUUUCUCGCCGAUUCCAGGGUCGAAGUAUGCAAACAUUACAAGUUCAUUACAGUACGAAGCUAAAUCAUUGA